UCUCCAAAUUUCUACUUCACGGAUCCGCUUCAAAGAGGCAGCUGCAGGGGAGAAUCAUGUUAAGCUCGGCUACUGCGGAGAGCCCAGGGUAGCCCAAUGAUGGAUUUUGAUGAGCGUGGUCCCUGCUCCUCUAACAUGUAUUUGCCAAGCUGUACUUACUACGUCUCCGGUCCAGAUUUCUCCAGCCUCCCUUCUUUUCUGCCCCAGACCCCGUCUUCGCGCCCAAUGACAUACUCCUACUCCUCCAACCUGCCCCAGGUCCAACCCGUGCGCGAAGUGACCUUCAGAGAGUACGCCAUUGAGCCCGCCACUAAAUGGCACCCCCGUGGCAAUCUGGCCCACUGCUACUCCGCGGAGGAGCUCGUGCACAGAGACUGCCUGCAGGCGCCCAGCGCGGCCGGCGUGCCUGGCGACGUGCUGGCCAAGAGCUCGGCCAACGUCUACCACCACCCCACCCCCGCCGUCUCCUCCAAUUUCUAUAGCAGCGUGGGCAGGAACGGCGUCCUGCCGCAGGCUUUCGACCAGUUUUUCGAGACGGCCUACGGCACCCCGGAAAAUCUCGGCUCCUCCGACUACCCCGGGGACAAGAGCGCCGAGAAGGGGCCCCCGGCAGCUGCAGCGACCUCCGCCGCGGCGGCGGCGGUGGCCCCGGGCGUGCCGACAACUUCAAGUUCGGACGGCGGCGGCGGCUGCCGGGAGGCGGCGGCGGCGGAGGAGGAGAAGGAGCGGCGGCGGCGCCCGGAGAGCAGCAGCAGCCCCGAGUCGUCUUCCGGCCACACUGAGGACAAGGCCGGCGGCUCCAGUGGCCAACGCACCCGCAAAAAGCGCUGCCCGUACACCAAGUACCAGAUCCGGGAGCUGGAGCGGGAGUUCUUCUUCAGCGUUUACAUCAACAAAGAGAAGCGCCUACAGCUGUCCCGCAUGCUCAACCUCACCGACCGGCAAGUCAAAAUCUGGUUUCAGAACAGAAGGAUGAAGGAAAAAAAAAUUAACAGAGACCGUUUACAGUACUACUCAGCUAACCCUCUCCUCUAAGGCCCCGGAUGCCUGUAAUGGGGUGAGGAGCUUCAGUCCCUGAGAUUAUUCUCGGACUUUGCCCUUGACAAGGUCAAGUCUUGUGGUGACUUUGGAGGAGAUGGGGCGGCCAGCGAGGAACUUGCUUGGACAUUCUCGAUUACGGAUUCCUAAUCAUAAUUGGAUUGGAAGAGGUGUGCAGGGACUCCAAUGAAUGGUUUUGGCCCCUGGUGAUUCACUGUUAAGAGCCUUUGGGGAGUUUCUGUUGGGUGUGGUCUCCAUCCACCUGGGCUUGGGCCCUCUGCCAGGCCCCCCAGAGGCUGACCCCUGUCCAAGACUCUCCUCAUGGAGCCUUCCCAGCCCCAGGACCCCUGCAUCAGGAAGCUUUGCACUCACUCCCCCAACCCAGAUCAGCUCCUACAGGGGAGGCAACCUAGACUGCUCUCCAAAGCCCAUGUGAGAGACCCCUGGACUAAGAGGUGGAUGGAUGUGGGGUGGAAGAGGGUUUCAGAGCCUCAAAGGGGAGGGAGGGAGGUAUCUACUAUUCCAGGUGGUGGCAGUGGGUCGCCACCCCUCUGAGCCACCCACUAUCACAAGCCAGAGCUCCCAGCAGCCACCGUUCUUCAUAGCCCACCUCAUUUUUCUUCCUAACAAACCAAGGUCUUGUCCUGGCCUGCCACCCAGUCCCCAAGCCCUGAGGAUCGCAGGGCAGAGUGGCCUGAGGUAGAAGACAUCAUGGAAAAGCUGAAAAGUCAACGGGCAGUGGCCAGGCCAAGAGAGCUUUCUGCAGGAAAUGCCUGCUGAGAGCAGCAGUUUGGCAAGUCUGCCGCCGCACUUAAUUGAAACUUGGAUUUGCUCAGUGUCCAGCAGUGGGGCAGCAGGGCCAAGGGCCUGGCCAGCAGUGCCUAGCUAUGAGGGGCUCGCGGCCUCCCUCCAAAACACCCUGGCCCAGUGUCCUUGCUCUGCCCCCCAGGAGCCCAGAACUGUGUUGGAAAGGUUCCGAUGAUCCCCUCAAAGCUGAGCUGAGUGUGGUUUGGAUAAUUAUUUUAAAAGGUAAAUAUUAUAUUAUAUAUAUAUUUCCCUGCAAGAACCAAAGCGAAUUUAAAAAGAUGCAAUGUAGAAGAAGAAAGAUGAUGAAGAAGAUAUUUAAAGGCUGUAAUUGUUUACAGUGUUCCACGGUUAAACUCACUCACUGCUAAGAAUAUUUGAAUGUACGCUUCAUACAGGGAUGGUGUUCAAAGACUUGUAAAUAAAGGAACCAUAACCUAUUUUGCUCGAAUACUAUUUUUUAACCAUUAAUUUCCUGCAGGCUGGUGGAAUGUGCUGGAAGUGGGUGGGAAAGAGUCUCUUUCAUCUCCAACUACAUUUGGAAAAGCUCUAGGGGGAUGCCUAGGGAGGGAGGUGAACCGCUUGGGCCUGGAGACCCUCUUUGUUGACUCUCCUCUGUCUUCCUGUGUUAAGAAGAGUCUGUGACUGGCUCUGUUUGAAGCAGGAGGGUUGGCCUGUCCUCUGCUCUCACCCACUGUGUAUGUCAUCCUUGCAUGUAUAGAGAUGAGGGGCACAAGGAAAAUAAAGACAUGGAAACUUGA